UUGAGUGACAAAGUGUUGUCUCUUAGGACUGGUUUAGUAUAUUAUGAAGAGAUGUCAGAACAUCGAUGUCUUUGGGACGACAACUAUGAGGAGAAUCCUAAACGCUUUACGCAUACUUUGAAUCGAUUCCAAGAACUGGAACUAAUAGAUCGAUGUCAGGCAUUAACUCCGAGAAAAGCCACGGAAGAAGAGAUCUUAAGAAUCCAUUCGAGCGAUCAUAUAACUGAUAUGAAGAGCACUGAAAACGUUGAAGACGUGGAACUUCUUGAGGAGAAGUCAUCGCAUUUCGACGCCGUUUACUUCCACCCGAAGACAUAUGAGUUGGCGCUCUAUUCCGCGGGCUCUACCAUAGAUCUGAUGAAUGAUAUCGUUUGCGGGAAAAUAAGAAAUGGUUUCGCUUUAGUGCGACCGCCCGGACAUCACGCCAUGCGCUCCGAGCCCUGUGGGUCAGGCAGUUAUCAUCGAUACUGUAUCUUCAAUAACGUUGCCAUCGGAGCCGCUCAUUGUCUCAACAAUUUAGGUGUGGAACGCAUUUUGAUAGUCGAUUGGGAUGUACAUCACGGACAGGUAGUCUUUUUUAACACUGCUGUCUCAUUGAAAUGUACGAUUAUUUCUGUCACUGAAAGGCCACUCAAUACUCGUUUUAUGACGACCCGAGAGUUCUCUACUUCUCUAUCCAUCGCUACGAAAUGGGAGCCUUUUGGUGAUAACUACAACUUCAUUGGCGGAGAGAAAGCGAAGGGAUUUAAUGUAAACGUUCCGUUGAAUGAGACGGAAAUGAAAAAUUCGGAUUAUUUGGCGGUUUUCCAUAACUUACUUCUGCCCAUCGCUUAUGAAUUCAAUCCACAGUUAGUGAUCGUAUCGGCCGGUUAUGACGCGGCCAUUGGCUGUCCAGAGGGAGAGAUGUGCUUAACUCCAGCACUUUAUUCUCAUUUAUGCCACUCUUUGAUGUCAUUAGCCAAUGGAAAGGUGGCCGUUGUUAUAGAGGGCGGGUAUUGCAUCCCAUCAUUAGCUGAGAGCGCGGCACUCACUUUGCGGGCCCUUCUUGGAGAUCCCUGUCCUCUCAUGGAAGACUUGACUCCAUUGAAGGAUUCGUUGGUGAAGUCUGUGUUGGAUGUAAUCUAUGUGUUGCGUCCGUAUUGGAAGUGUCUGCAAAUGCAGGGCGUGUUUGACAGACAUUCGGUGAAUGAGUCGUUCCGAAGAGAACACUUGCCUUUCAUUGAAUAUAAGGGCAAAAUGGCUUUAAUCGAAAAGCCCACCAAAUAUCCCACUCGUGAUUGUUAUCCCAUUCAAAGUGAGACUCAAAAGUCUUAUUUUGUGAAUGAAAUCAAUCGUUUGAUAGCAAUAACCGAUUUGUCGCGUAAAUACUCUCAGAAGAGGACAUGUAUUGCUUAUGACGAGGCGAUGACUAAACACAAGUGUCGGACAACACAUCCUGAAAGGCCCUCAAGAAUCACAUUUAUAAUUGAAAAGUUAAAAUCCGAUAAACUAUUCGAUGAAUGCCUUCAUUUAGAGACCAGAUCUGCCACUGAAGAGGAGUUAAGUUUAGUUCACAGCAAAGAACACAUAGAAAUGAUGAAAUCUACUCAACAUUUAUCGGAUAAGGAAUUGAAAAAACUGUCCAAUAAAUACGAUUCCGUGUAUUUAACGCGAGAGACAUACAGUGCCGCUAAACUGGCCGUUGGGAAUGUCCUUCAAGUGGUUGAUUCUGUUCUUACAGACCAAUGUCUUAAUGGAUUUGCUUGCGUGAGACCUCCUGGACAUCAUUCCAGUCAGACGACUGCUUCGGGAUUUUGUUGUUUCAAUAAUGUCUCGAUUGCUGCCAAAUAUGCAAUCAAUAAAUACAAUAAGAAUCGCAUUCUUAUAAUCGAUUGGGACGUACAUCACGGCGACGGAACACAAAAAAUAUUUGAAAACGACGACAAAGUGUUAUACAUAUCUCUACACAGAUAUGAUUUCGCAGACUUUUUCCCGCAAUCGAUUCAAUCAAAUUACAAUAUCAGGAAAAAUGUGGUAAACAUCCCGUGGAAUGGGGGGCCUAUGACUCAGUCCGAGUAUUUGUUGGCCUUCUUUAAUGUUGUUCUUCCCGUUUCCUAUGAAUUCAAUCCCGAUUUGGUGUUCAUUAGCGCCGGAUUUGAUGCAGCAAUAAUCCAAUGGGAACUAAUCAAUCAUAUCGUACAACCAGAUGACCCGUUGGGUGAAUACCAACUCUCGCCGCAAGUGUUCGGACACAUGACUCAUAUGUUGUCGCGUUUAGCAAAUGGAAAGGUUAUCGUUUGCCUGGAAGGUGGAUACAAUUUAAUAUCCAACGGUUUAUGUGCCGCUGAGUGUGUGUCGACACUUCUGGGUCGACCUGUAGUUCCCUUGACGUGCACCCAAUAUAACCCGUCGGCCAUCGAGACACUGAAAUGUGUGGUUGGCUUCCAUUCGACGAAUUGGCGAAAUCUCACGUUUGACUUCGAUUUACCCGAAAGUCUCAUUUAGAGACAUUUUAAUCCAUAUAUUUUUUAUAACUUUUACAUUGGUAUAAAUUUUUAUUUUUACAUUUAAUAUAAACGAUUAGAAAAUUUGAAUAUAGAAAACAAAUUAUAAUAGAUUUAAUAAAUAUAAUGGUAAUAUUGCGG